GCAGAAAUGAAAAUGAUAAGGGUGGUAACAAUGCAGCACUAACCCAUACGACUUGAGCAACCUUCUCACUCUCCGUUCCGCCACUCUCUCUCCCUCCCCGCUUUCCACCGUUACCAUCAACACGACGACGUUUCAACUUUCUCAUCAUCACUUCUGCAAAACCUAUAUUCCACUUUUCUCCUAAAGCCAUACCGUCAUGUCUUCAAUUCAAGCCAAUCUUGUUCCCAACUUGUCCUUCAAUCACUUUCAGACAUCAACACACUUGGUGGGUGUUGGAAAUUUACAAUGUAGAGUUGAUUUGCGAAAAUCCAGAAGGAAAUUACCUUCCUAUAGUUGCAUAAGGUGUGAAAAGAAAGACGAAGUUAACAAAGAUGAAGAAAAGAAAGAUGAUGUUAUUGAUUAUGUCACGGUUGAGCGUCCGCCUUAUUAUAGUUACAUGGAUCCCACUUCCGGUCAGCUGGAGCCGGCCUCGGGUGCUAGGGCGAGUAUUCCGGAAGUUGAGUAUUGGCCGGAAGGAACUGUUGAGCAAGUUAGGGCUGAUAGCGCACCUACUCCCACGGGAGAAUCGUUAGGUUCUCCGUCUUAUGGGAGUAACCCUGGUAGUAGGAGGAAGAGUUAUAGGACGUCGGUUUCUGGUUCUUCUGAUGAGCCCAAUGUUGAGGGCGAUGUUGAGGGUAGUGCAGAAUUGAUUGACACUGGUUUUCCUGAGGUUUUGGUUGAACAACCUCAGGAAGAUUUGGAGGAGUUCUCGUCGGAUUAUGUUGUUUAUCAGUCUGAGCCUGAAGAUGAAGAUACUGGGUAUAAACUCGAUAAGAAAUUUGGAGCUCCUCAUCCGUUUAUUGAUCCAAAAGUUAAGAAGCCGAUAGAGGGAACACUUACGAAUGAGGAAUCAUGGUGGAAUUGGAGAAAGCCGGAGAAAGAACUAUGGUCUAGAUGGCAAAGGAGGAGACCUGACACUGAAACGGUUUUCCUGAAAGCAAUGGCUGAAACUGGACAAGUAAAGCUUUAUGGUGAAGAACCAACAUUAACAGAAACUGCUCUUUACCGAGCCAGACGGCAUCUUUAUAAGGAAGAAAGGCUUGAGGCUGAGCAAGAAAAACUGGAAAGGAUUGGUCCAAUGGCAUACUAUUCAGAAUGGGUAAAGGCAUGGAAGGGAGAUACAUCUCGUGAAGCUAUUCAGAAGCAUUUUGAAGAAACCGGUGAAGAUGAAACUGCUCAAUUAAUUGAAAUGUUUUCCCACCAAACUGACGGAGAGUAUCGCAUAAUGAUGGGGACUGAUAUUCGCAUCCGGAGGGAUCCUUUAUCAAUGCGAAUGAGAGAGGAUCAGAUAAAGCAAAUAUGGGGUGGAGAUCCAGUUUACCCAACUGUGAACUAUAUUCAAGAUCCAGAUGAAGUAAUUGACUACAGGGGAGCAGAUUUUCACGAACCAACACCAAAUAUGCUUUCUUUUCUGAAAGAGCAUGGAAAAAUCAUUACAAGGGAGGAGCUAGAAAAGCUUCUGGAAAAGCAAAAGACCGAACAAGUUGAGGUGUCAGACAUCGAUGAAGCUAUGGCUAAAGCAGUCGACAUUGGUGAAAAUGAAGAUGAAGAGGAUAGUGAUAUUGAUGUUGAAGACGCGGUAGCAGAGGGAGAGGGAAAGGGAAAGGGAAAGGGAAAGGGAAAGGGAAAGGGAAAGAGAGAUGGAGAUGGAGAUGGAGAUGGAGAUGGAGAUGGAGAUGGAGAUGAAGAUGAAGAAGAAGAAGAAAAAGAAGAAGAAAAAGAAGAAGAUGACGAUGAAUCAAAGAUUAAUCGUAAUUGGAGUGUUUUGAAAACUACUCCCCAGCUUCGCAAAUCAAAGCCAAAACCAAAGAAAGAAGGUCCCAUGACACUGAAUGAGGCUCUAGAUGAUUCUGAGAACUUGACUGAUUUCCUCUUGGAUUUUGAAGAAGAAUGAGUCAACAUCUCCUUGUGAAGCGCGUGUUGCAAGGCAAUGGGUAUGCUUCAGCAGUAGGCAUGUAGGGUAGACAGAAUGGGAGAAUGUUAGAAUGUAAGUAUUCAUUGUCAAUUAUGGAACUAUUACAACUUCUUUUAAGCAUUUUGAGCUAGAGUUGAAUUCCCCACUAUUAGUAACAAUCCCUUAUGUAGUUGUUGACAACAAUUUUGAUUCCUCCUUCAUGUAGGUGAAUAAUAUAGUAAAUGUGUGUUGGUUGAUCCAUAUUGUAAUUUUGGUGCAAACUAGAAUCUAGCAUGUUCUUUUCAAGUAGUUUGUGGUGGCCUCAUUUGCUGGGAUUUUAGGACUUAGCGUACUUGUAAGUUGUAAACUCUCUCACUGCAUGAUAUUUCAUGAACUAGAAGAUUUUGAUAUGCGUAUAA